AUGGCCAUCCCCGACUCAAUGAAGGCCGUGCAGGUCGUCGAGUACAACCAGCCGUACGUGCUCAGCACCGUGGCCGUGCCCAAGGACCUCGAACCGCACGACCUGCUCGUCAAGGUCGCCGUCGCCUCCUUCUGCCACACCGACCUCAUGGUGUUGGAGGGCAAGUUUGGCGGCACCAAGAAGCCGAUCACAGGCUCCCACGAAGGAUCCGGAACCGUCGUGGCCAUCGGAUCGGCCGUGGCUGCCUCGCGCGAAUUCAAAGUGGGCGACCGCGUCAUGUGCGGCACGCCGCGCAACACCUGCGGCGCCUGCGGCGAGUGCACGGGGCCCGAGUCCAACCGGCAGUACUGCUCGGCACUGGAAGGCCACUGCGGCGUGCUGUCCGUCGACGGAUUUUUUGCAGAAUACGCGCGUGUCGAUGCGCGCUGGACGACGCUCCUGCCGGGCAAUGUGUCUUUAUUGGCGGCCGCACCGCUGGCGUGCGCAGGGCGGACGGCCUGGCGGGGCCUGCAGCAGGCCAUCCAGCACGCUUCCUUGAAGCCCCGGUCGUGGGUCUGUGUGGUCGGCGCCGGCGGUGGCCUCGGUCAUAUGGCCGUACAGUUUGCCGUGCAAUCAGGGAUGCGUGUGAUUGGCAUUGACGCCCGCCCUGAGGGCCUGGCAGCGACGCGUGAGGCCGGUGCCGAACUGGUGCUGGACGCGCGCGACGGAAAAGACGCCAAUGUCGCCGCAGUACAAGAGGUGACGGGUGCAUUGGCGGGCGGCGUCGACGCUACGCUUCUGGUGGCCGACGUGACGAGCGCAGCUGCCCUUGCGUGUGCCGUGACACGCAAGCACGGCACCGUGGUCGAGCUGGCGCAGCCCGAUACCUUUACAAUUCCGUUUGCCGAGCUGAUCAUGCGCGACAUCAAGCUUGUGGGCAGUUGUUUCUGCUCGCCGCAAGAGAGCCGGGACAUGGUGGCUUCCAUUCAGAAGCACGGCAUCGAGCUGCAUACGGUACCGUUCCAGGGCCUGGAAAAGAUCCACGACUUGGUGGAGCUGGUGCGCAGCGGCACGAUCAAGGGCAAGGCGGCGAUUGUCGUGGACGAUGCGCAGGUGCAGCGCGACGUCACAUUGGCGGGCACCUCGAAGUUGUGA